GCUUUUAAAAAUCAAUUAAAAGAGGUUAGACGUUAUAUUGGCAUUUUGGUCUUUACUGCGUUUUUAUAUAAUUUUUUCAAAUUACUAGAUCUAAAUAUUAAUUAAUACAGUUACUGUUUAUAUAUGACGACAUAAAAAUUGGGCUCAAAUAAAAAUAGAAAAAUUAAAAUUGCCGUUGAUUGAAGUUUGGUGGGGGAACUUAUUCAAAUCAGACAUUUUGGUUGGGCCAAUCUGUUUUUAUUCCAACAUUUUGGAGAGGUAGGUAUAAACAAUGAAUGAAUCAUAAAUUAAAUCUAGAUCACUGUCAGACAAAUACUGGUUUAUUUUAUUUUUAAAUUUGAUCAAGCCUAAACAACCAUGGAAGAUGAAGAAUAUAAGAAAUUGCCCGUUGACGAGAAAUGUGUACACAAGUUGUGGAAAGCCAGAGUUAAUGGAUAUGAAGAAGUUACCAAGUUAUUUAGACAGAUUGAUGAUGAGAAAUCUCCAGAAUUUAGCAAAUACCUAGGUUUAGUCAAGAAAUUUGUUGUUGAUAGCAAUGCUAUGGGCCAGGAGAAAGGUCUGGAAGCUACUUUAGCCUAUGUGGAAAAUUAUGCACACGCUGGUAAAACUGUCUCAGAAGUCAUGUCAGGAGUGGUUACAAAAUGUAUGGCAGCACCCAAAACAAAAACAAGGGAGCUUGCUCUGCAAUUAACGUUAAUGUAUGUUGAGAUUGAAAAACAUGAAGCUGUGGAGGAGGAACUUAUUAAAGGUAUGGAGUUGAAAAAUCCAAAAAUUGUAACAGCAUGCGUAAAUGCUGUGACUGUUGCUCUCAGAGAAUUUGGGUCCAAAAUUAUAAAUGUAAAACCACUCUUAAAAAAGAUCAGUGUGCUUCUAGCUGAUAGAGAUAAGGCUGUUAGAGAUGAAACAAAGAUGAUGAUUGUAGAAAUGUAUAGAUGGAUUGGUGGAGCACUUAGGCCUCAAUUACAAGCUGCCAGUUUACAGCCUGUGCAAAUUACAGAAUUAGAAGCAGAAUUUUCAAAAAUUGAAGGUCAGAAGGCUGUGCCAACCAGAUAUAUCAGGUCCCAACAAGCUAAACAGGCUAAAUUAGCAGAACAAAUCGCUGAAGCAGCUGGUGAAGAAGAGGAGGAGGAGGAAGAUGUAGUCCAGGAUAUUGACCCUUAUGAAUUGGCCACACCUGUGGAAAUCUUGUCUAAACUACCCAAAGAUUUUUAUGAAAAAAUUGAAGCUAAAAAAUGGCAGGAGAGGAAAGAAGCUCUAGAAAUAGUUGAGAAUCUGGUUAAAACUCCCAAGUUGGAAAAUGGAGAUUAUGGUGAUUUAGUUCGAGCUCUUAAAAAGGUAGUACAAAAGGACAGUAACGUAGUAUGCGUGGCCAUAGCCGGUCGAUGUAUCGCAGGGCUUGCCAGCGGCUUAAAAAAGAAAUUCCAGACGUACGCUGGAUUCUGCAUUCCAGCGAUCUUGGAAAAAUUCAAAGAGAAAAAACAAAACGUCCUUACGGCAUUGAGGGACGCCAUCGACGCUGUGUAUUUAACGACAAAUCUUGAAGCGAUAUUAGAAGAUGUUGUGGAAGCCCUUAACAAUAAGAACCCCUCGGUUAAAAUGGAAACAUCACUGUUCUUGGCAAGAGCAUUUACAAAAACAGUUUCCACUACCGUUAAUAAAAAAUUACUCAAAGCUCUAACAGGUGUAUUAACCAAAACGAUAAAUGAAUCAGAUCCAGCUGUCAGAGAAGCAUCUGCAGAAGCCUUAGGAACGCUAAUGAAGCUGGUAGGAGAAAAAACGAUCGGUCCAUUUUUGGUUGAAUUAGAAAAAGACAAUCUAAAAAUGACGAAGAUCAAAGAGUUCUGUGAUAAUGCGGUCAUUGUUGUUAAAGCUCCUGGAGCAAAGAAGGAACGACCAGCCGCAGCUUCUGCUAAACCGGCACCUGCCAAAACGGCUAAACCAGAGGCAAAAAAACCUGCUGUAACAGCAAAGAAGAAACCAGAAAUAUCUUCAGGUACAGCCACAGUGGUUAGAUCAAAAGGGCCUAAAGGUUUAUCGAAAUCUGCAUCACAAAAUGUUGAAAGAGAACUAGCCGAUGAAGAAGCUGAGGGAAUUGUUAGCGAUGUCAUAUCGGCUAGUGUGGUGUCGGACAUUGGCAGCACCAACUGGAAAGCAAGAUUGGCAGCUGCAGAACAACUUUUAACAGAAAUAAAAGGCUUAAACUCUCCCUCGGUACCAACUCAAGCGAUCGUAAAAUUCCUCGCCAAGAAGCCCGGUCUUAAGGAUACCAACGUCCAAGUACUAAAAGCUAAAAUAGAAGUCAUCAAAUACUUAGCCGAAAAUACGAAAUUCACAAUAACGACAGCCAGCUGUUGCGUGCCAGACAUGUCAGAAAAGUUUUCGGAUGCCAAGAACAGUGCCGCCGUCGCUGAGACGCUAAGCGCCAUAGCGGAGGCCACUACCUUUGGACAAGUAUCCGAUAUGGUUCUAGAUUUUGCCUUUGGACAAAAAAGUCCCAAAGUUCAGCAGGAGGCUUUAAGUUGGUUGUCUGGAGCUAUCAAGGAAUUUGGAUUUUCCAAUUUGAACGUCAAAUUUCUAAUCGACAACUGCAAGAAAGCUUUAAGCUCCACGAAUCCAGCAGUAAGGCAAACGGCCGUCUCGUUGUUAGGAAUUAUGUACCUAUACAUGGGUGCAACUCUAAACGUAUUUUUCGAAAACGAAAAGCCGGCACUGCGAGAUCAAAUCAACGCUGAAUGUGAUAAGUAUGAAGGCGAGAAGCCUCCUCCCCCAACAAGAGGUGUGGUGAAGUCAGCAAGCUCAGACAGUCUAGAUGUCGUAGAAGACGACGAGCCAGAACAAGUAAAUAUCCAAGAUCUCAUUCCCAGAGUGGACAUCAGCAAUCAGAUAACUGAUACUAUUCUAACAGAACUAAGCGAUAAGAACUGGAAAGUGCGAAAUGAGGCCGUGGCCAAAGUAGCAACGAUAAUUAGCGAAACUAAAUUCAUAAAAUCGAAUUUAGGCGAUUUGCCCCAAGCUUUAGGUGUCAGGUUAACAGAUAGCAACGUCAAAAUUGCUAUGUCGGCGUUAGCGCUUUGUGAAGCCAUUGCCAAGGCCAUGGGACCACCGUUUAAACAAUAUGUUAGGGCAUUCUUUCCGGGAGUAUUACAGGGUUUGGGAGAUAGCAAGGCCGCUUUGAGGGCUGCGGCAUUGGAGACUAUAAAUACUUUUACUGAGCAAUGUGGCUACAAGGAAUUUUUCGACGGUGAAAUGAUCGCAGAUGCGUUGAAGUCUGGUUCUCCCGCACUAAGAAUUGAACUUUGGAAUUGGCUGGCCGAAAAUGUUCCAAAAAUUCCCCCUAAACAGAUACCAAAAGAAGAGUUAGUCGUGUGUAUACCUCACCUUUACAGCAAUUUGGAGGAUAGAAACGCCGACGUUCGAAAAAAUGCACAGGAAGCAAUUUUAGGUAUUAUGAUACAUUUAGGGAUAUGAAAACAUGGUUAAACAAACCGAAAAAUUGAAACCCGGUUCCAAAACUGUCAUUGUGGCUGCAUUAGAAAAAGUGAGACCCAACUUACCAGUCAAACCAUUACCUACAAAGAAGCAGGCUCCAGAAAAAGAGGAUAAGGUGGUGAGAGGAACAAAACCUGUUGCUAAUGCUAAAAAUGCCGUCAAAUCUAAGUCUGCGAAUUCAGCGAAGGCUGCGCCAGCAGCAACUAGCCGCAAGAAAGAAGACGAUAUUGAUACUUCACCAUUGUUGGUUGUUAAUAAUUUGAAACACCAAAGAACCAUCGACGAACAGAAGUUAAAGGUUUUAAAGUGGAAUUUCACACAGCCGAGAGAAGAAUUCGUUGAUUUGCUAAAGGAUCAGAUGGCGGCAGCAAAUGUUAAUAAAACACUUAUGUCUAACAUGUUCCACUCGGAUUUCAGAUAUCACAUCAAAGCUCUGGAGUCGCUAACCGAUGAUUUAGCCGGCAACAGUCAAGCACUUAUGUCAAAUUUGGAUCUUAUACUAAAAUGGUUAACAUUGCGGUUUUUCGAUACCAAUCCUUCAGUUCUUCUGAAGGGCCUUGAGUAUUUACAAUUCGUUUUUAAUAUGCUCAUAGAUACAAAAUACCGAAUGCUGGAAAAUGAAGCGUCUGCGUUUAUUCCGUACCUCAUAAAUAAGAUAGGAGAUCCCAAAGAUUCGGUUAGGAAUGGCGUGAAAGCUUUGUUAAACCAACUAAAUAGACUGUUCCCUGUUAAUAAAUUAUCGACGUAUGUGAUGGAAGGAGUUAAAUCCAAAAACGCAAGACAAAGGGCUGAAUGUUUGGAAGUAAUGGGUGGUAUCAUUGAAGAUUUCGGCAUUACUGUGUGUAUGCCAACGCCCAUGGCUUGUCUUAAAGAAGUAGCUAAACAAAUUUCUGAUAGGGACAACUCCGUAAGAAAUGCCGCUCUUAACUGUGUACUGCAGGCCUAUAAUAUUGUUGGUGAAAAAGUUUAUAAAUUAGUUGGAAACAUAUCUGACAAGGAUAUGUCGUUGCUAGAGGAAAGAAUAAAACGAUCUAGUAGGAAGACUAUGGUUUUACCUAAAGCUGAACAUAAUUCCACGGUUGUAACAACUUUAAUAUCUCCUCAGAAGGAAAACACUCCACCUAAUAGAAAUUCUUUUGAUGCUACGCAUGUAGUAAACGAUAUAAAUAAUGAGAGUGAUCAAGAUGAGGAUAUAGAGGAAGAAAUGUUGCCACAAGUGAAUUUGCCACAAAUGAUUGUACCAGAACCGCCUAAGGAAAUUCAGGGACCGUUCAAAUUAGACCCAGAGUUCAUGAAAGAACUGGAAAGAACCAAACCUCCAAAGCCAGUGAAGCCUUCGUUGAAGUCAUACGACCUUGACUUCUUAAAUGAAGAAAUUAGGAUCCCGACCAUCGAAGAAGCGAGAGCCAAAGUACGAGCUGGAGCUGGAACACAGCCCGUAGAUUUUGGGGAAGCGGUUUCAAGAGUUGGUCUGGGUAAUUCUCCCAGUCCCAAAAAACAAGACCCAGUGAUCGAGAGAUUACUUAAACAGAUGGGUUCUACAAACCAUACUGCUGCGUUAGCGGGAAUGACCCAAUUGCAUGAAAUACUCACUCAAAUGAGGGGCAGCACGAUGAUUGACUAUGAAGAUGACUUCAUGAAUACAAUAAUUCUCCAGUUUAAACAAUUGCAAGGUUUACCACUUACUCCAGAUUCCUUCGCAAUAAAGAUAUAUAGAAAUUUACUCACUAUCAUAGACGCUGUAAGUAAAUCUAAUAGAUUAUUUUAA